UCCAUAUACCAGUAAAAGUUUAACACACAGUUACGUGGACACAAAUCCUCAGGGGUCACAAAGGACAAUGCGCUGCGCUCUUAUAUAGGGCUGCAGCCUAGUGUCGCCACGUGCCAUCCAGUGACUUUGUAACUGCUCAAACUAUUUGCAUCAAAGCUUUAUUGUUCCUCGUUCAUGUGGAGACUGUGAAUUCUGUUAUUAACCAUGGCGUUUCAAGAGAUCUUGGAGAAAAUAGGUGGAAUGGGACGGUACCAAAUCAUACAUGUCAUUCUGCUGGCCUUGCCAGUUUUCAUGCUGGCUAGUCACAAUCUCUUGCAGAACUUCACGGCUGCUAUUCCAAAGCAUCGAUGUAAACUCAAUGCAUCCCAGGAAGAAGGCAAUUUUACCGGACUUUGGCUACAUGCUCACAUUCCAUUGGAGUCUAAUGGAAAACUCUCUAGUUGCUUAAGAUACACAAGCCCCCAACCCAAUUUACUUAAUUAUCGUUUCGCAAGCAAUGCAAGUGACUUAGAGACUGAGAUGUGCGCGGAUGGCUACGAGUAUGAUGACAGCGAAUAUUCUUCAACUAUUAUAAACCAGUGGGAUUUGGUCUGUAAUCGAAGGAGAAUGAGACAGCUUGCUCAAUCCAUUUAUAUGGCAGGAGUCCUGGUGGGAUCCAUUGUGUUUGGUGGUCUAUCAGACAAGUUUGGGCGCAGACCAUUGAAUAUUUGGUCAAACCUUCAGAUGUUUGUGACUGGAAUAUGUGCAGCUUUUGCUCCAAACUACGUAGUGUACUGUGUCUUUCGUUUCCUGACUGGUGCUGCUCUCUCCGGGAUUGUUCUUAAUUCCUAUUCUCUAAUUGUAGAAUGGAUUCCAACAGAGUAUCGGGCUUUUACCAGUACAGUCACCGGGUACUGUUACACAACUGGCCAGUUGGUGCUGGUGGGUCUAGCAUUUAUGAUUCAAGACUGGCGCAUGCUGCAGAUGGCUGCAUCCCUUCCCUUCUUCAUCUACUUUUUAUACUCAUGGUGGCUCCCGGAGUCCAGCCGAUGGCUUGUUCUAGGUGGGAAAUAUGAACAAGCCAUCAAAGACCUCAGGAAAGUGGCCAGAAUUAAUGGGAAGACAGAGGAGGGGGAAAAACUUACAGUGGAGACAAUUAAAUAUGACAUGCAACGAGAAAUUAAAGCUUGUCGUGGGAGAAGUUAUUCAGUGCUGGACCUUGUAAAGACACCUGUGGUGCGCCGGAUAUCUUUUUGUAUAUGUUUAACUUGGUUCUCCACCAGCUUCGCUUAUUAUGGUCUAGCUAUGGACCUUCAGAAAUUUGGGCUGAGCAUCUACAUUGUUCAGGUUACCUUUGGAUCAGUUGAUUUCCCGGCAAAGUUUAUUUCCUAUUUUGUGAUGACAUACCUAGGACGUAGAAUUUUGCAAGCCUCUAGUUUGAUCUUAGCUGGGACUGCAAUUUUAGUCAAUAUCUUCGUUCCUGAAGAGUUUCUGACGGUGAAAACAAUUGUAACUGUUUUGGGGAAAGGAUGUCUAGCGGCAUCUUUCAACUGUGUAUUUCUAUAUACUGGUGAAUUGUACCCGACUGUCAUCAGGCAGUCUGGUAUGGGACUAGGCACCAUGGUAGCUCGGUUUGGAGGAAUCUUCGCUCCACUUGUUCAGAUGACAGCUGAUUAUUAUGUUCAUUUACCGCUCAUCAUUUUCAGCCUUUGUCCCAUACUUUCUGGCAUAGCUGCAUGUUUCCUUCCAGAGACACUUGGUGUACCGCUGCCCGAGACCAUACAAGACGUAGAGAGCCCUUCCCAUAGAAAAAAGGUUCCCAAGUCCAGCGAAGAGAUAAGUUUAAAAGUUGGAAUAUAAGGGUGGCAACACCUGAAACACAUGACCUUGUUCACACCACUUGUGCUCAUGACUUUUAUCGUUUAAUGAACGGGACUCUCGCACUGCAUAUUCUGCGCUGGAUUUCUGUUUUUCUAUAAGAAUUUUUUUUUUUUAGUAUUAUUACAUUCUCAAUCCAUUAUACAACUCACAAAAACAGUUGCACAAGAAACUGGAAACUUAACCUAAAUGUCUGUAUCAUCCUGAGCUGCAGCUACUUCUCAUCAUUAUGAAGCAGUGCAUUGUGGUCAUUCUUUUCCAUUGGAAGAAUUUUCUGCACCAUCGGAUUAUGCAGAAUGUGGUUAUCAGCACCAAAUAUUUUUUCUCAUAAAAUAAUUUUACAUCAUCAGAAAUAAAAUUGAA